AUGAGAGUUUCUCAUUAUUUGGAAGAGGUCAAAGAGCAUCCAAUUUCUUACUCUAAGAUCAGAGUAGAAGAAAGACCUCGAAUAGAUAGAGUUAUUAGAGUGAAAAAUUUGGAUUUUGCAUUGUAG